GCUGAACCAAAAUUAGAGCCACUGCGCGCAUUCGCUCGACGCUAAAAAGCCUGGUGCAACCAACCGCCAAAUGAGGGGACGGACGUAAAGUCGCCAACCAGCCCCGCCUCUCGAGUCUCGACUCUUCGCAGGCGAACUCCAAAGCAGCUUUCUGAAAUACAGUACAAGCACCGUACAAUAAUGGCCCGCGAACCCUCCCGAAGUCGCCAGCCUCGCUCUUGCACCCUCACCCUAUCUUAGCCGCAUUGCACUCCAGCCUCCAUCACGGUCCUCAGAAAGCACUCGGUCAUGUCCGCCACCCAAAUUACCUACCAAAUCCCGUGCUCGCCGGCGAAUAGUUCGACCGCAGAUCGCAACCCCUGCCUCGCUUUUCACCCUCGAGCAGUUUGCAGCCCUGCCGCCGUGACCACCACGCAACCGCUUUUUGACCAUGUCUGUACGCUGUCGCCCCAAGAUGCUGCCACCAGGGAUCAAGCUAUCAGCAGCCUCAAAAACCGCAACCUAACACUUCCUGCCAACUAUUCUUCGACAAUUUUCUUUCCGUGUGUGCGGGACAAAGCCGACCCGUCCCUUGAGCUGUGCUCUCGUUCGCCCACAUCGAUAUGUCCUGAAGGAUACUUUUGUGGUCGGAUGUACGACUCGACGAUUGUGCAGAAUGGUCGGACUUCCCUGACGUUAAGCGACGGGUAUAUCAACGUUUGCAUGCGGAACAUACCUCAAGGUGUGGCCUGCUCCAACGGCAACAGUAGGACUUUCGACGCACCCAUGGGUUACAUCAAUGUCACAUUUUCUGCUGAAGACGUGAACCGAUGCGAAAGUACGGAACUGGCAUGUUCGGCUACUACUCGGCGGUGUGAGCCCCGGAGUCAGAUACCACUGGGCUACCCCGCAAUCGCCCCAAACCCUGCAGGAUCGGAUGUUCCCCGCCAAUGCCUCGUCGUAAAAGGUGCAACCCCACCUUUCAACACCUGUCCCUGUGGUUAUCGCUGCAUCAACAAUGGCACAUGCGUGGACGAACGUGUCGCGAACAUCCGGUAUCCGUGCGCUAAUGCGGAUGCCACAGAUGUGUGCCCGGUGGGCUGGGGCUGCGACAGCACCCAGCAGUCCAUGUCAGGGUUCCCCGAAUGCAAACUCAUUGGCACUUAUUCACCCGGGGAUUUUGUGAGCAAAGGGCGGGAUGGCGCAAUCGGCACGCCCGCAAUCAUCAUGAUUAUUGGUGCAAUUGUGGGAGGCCUGCUUGUAUGCAUUGGGGGUUGCUACUAUAGCGGCAAGUUGAUGGAGAGAUGCUCGAGGGGAAGGAAGGCGAAGAAGGCGAGGGGGAGGGCAGAGAUGGCAGGGUCUAGGUCCGCUUUGGUAUGAGAGGGAGAGUAGGCGUACCGGCGUAUGUGCAGUAGGCUGCCAGAUACUGGUUACGACGGGUUGUUGAGCCUCCCUGUGCAACCCAGAAGUCACCGGCCAGCUGUCAGUCCUGCCCUGGGCUAGGGGUCGUGCU